GAGUUUGGGAGCGGAACUACGGCGUGCCCACGCUUGGCUCACCUCGGCCACUUCCGUGUGCGAGCCGAUGAAGUCGCCUGGAUCCAGAGUACUGCACGCGGGUACCGAAGGUCCGGAGAGACAAUGGCCAAGAAUAAAUUAAGAGGGCAGAAGUCCAGGAAUGUGUUUCACAUAGCCAGCCAAAAGAACUUCAAGGCUAAAAGCAAAGCAAAACCAGUUACUACUAAUCUUAAGAAGAUAAACAUUGUGAAUGAAGAAAAAAUUAACAGAAUGAAUAAAGCUUUUGUCAACAUUCAGAAAGAACUUGCUCACUUCUCAAAAGGCCUUUCUCUAGAACCUCUUCAAAAAGAGUUGAUUCCUCAGCAGCAUCCUGAAAACGAGCCAGUUAAUGUUGAUGAAGCUACGCGACUGAUGGCGCAGCUGUAACAGUCCUCCCAAAAGAUCAAUAAAAUAAAUGUUUUAUACAACUUUA